AUGAAUUCUAUAGGACAAACGACACAGCUACCUAAUUAUUCCUGUAGCGAAAAUAAUGUUUCUAUUCAGUUUACAUUGUCUUCAUCAUCUCAUUCAGCAUGGAAUCAAUCAUCAAAUUGUUCUUUACAACAAUGUAAUAUAAGCUUGAGUAGUAAUAAUAAUUGUCGUUCAUCAUCAACACCUUGUUUUGAUUAUCGAACAAUAAAUAAUAUCAGUUAUUGUGCACCUGGUAUUUUAUGUUCAAUAUUAGAAACAUGUAAUAAUAUUACACAAACAUGUUCAUCAAAUAGUUCAGUGUGCGUUAUUAAUUCAUGUUGUUCAUCACAAGCACUAUGUUUACCACUCUUAGCAACACAAACGUGUGAAAGAGGUUGGUUUUAUACUGGUAAUAUGACUAAUACACGAGUUGCACACACAGCAUCUGUAUUGUCAAAUGGAAAAAUAUUAGUUAGUGGUGGAAUAGGGAUUGGUUAUAAUAGUGCUGAGCUGUAUGAUCCAUCAACAGGUACUUGGACAACUACUGGCAACAUGACUAAUGCACGAGAUUUGCACACAGCAUCUGUAUUAUCAAAUGGAAAAGUACUGGUUACUGGUGGAUGGACUGGUUCUGGUAUUUCGAAUACUGCUGAACUGUAUGAUCUAUCAACAGGUUCUUGGGCAGCUAUUAGUACCAUGACUACUGAACGAGAAUAUCACACAGCAUCUGUAUUAUCAAAUGGAAAAGUAUUGAUUACUGGUGGCUCAGGCAAUGAUUAUUUAAAUAGUGCUGAGCUGUAUGAUCCAUCAGCAGGUACUUGGACAACUACUGGUAACAUGAGUAAUGCACGAUAUUCUCAUACAGCAUCUGUGUUACGAAAUGGAAAAGUGUUAGUUGCUGGUGGAGAGAGUGAUGGUGUUAAUUAUUUAAAUACUGCUGAACUGUAUGAUCCAUCAACAGGUACUUGGACAAGUACUAGUAACAUGACCAAUGCACGAUACUGGCACACAGCAUCUGUAUUAUCAAAUGGAAAAGUAUUAAUCGCUGGGGGAUGGAAUGGUAGUAUUAUUUAUGAUAGUGCUGAACUAUAUGAUCCAUCAACAGGUAUUUGGAUAACUACUGGUAGCAUGAAUAAUGCACGACAAUAUCACACAUCAUCUGUAUUAUCAAAUGGAAAAGUAUUAGUUGCUGGUGGAUAUAAUAAUAAUGGUUAUUUAAAUAGUUCUGAAUUGUAUGAUCCGUCAACAGGUAUUUGGACAACUACUGGUAGCAUGAAUAAUGCACGGCAAUAUCAUACAGCAUCUGUAUUAUCAAAUGGAAAAGUAUUAGUUACUGGUGGUUAUAAUGGCGAUCCUUCUUUUAUAAAUAGUGCAGAAUUAUAUUAG